UCCCUUUGUACAGGCCACUGUCAGGCCCCGCCCACUGGAAAGAUUUCUUCCUCUUUUCGCUUUUUAAAAGCAAUUCCGUGUCACGAUUUGUUUACUUCUCGUGUUUCGUUUUUGUGAUUGAAACACAAACAGAGCGACACGGUACAGUAGGUAUGGGCACCAUUGCACACUGGGCACCAUGUCUCACCUUUAUCUGCCUUUUUUUAACUUGUCCUGUCAUGAGCCGACCACUUAAAUUACCAUCACAUUUUCCAUUCUUUACAGUAUGGAAUGCUCCUACUGAAAAGUGUGCAUCGGAGUAUGGCAUUGAUCUGGACUUGAACAUUUUUGAUAUCGUCCACAAUCUGAACCAGAGCUUCAUUGGCAGUAACAUCACCAUCUUCUACUCGGACAAGCUAGGCUUCUAUCCUCACUACAAUGAGAAAAACGUAUCUGUGUAUGGAGGUGUUCCUCAGAACUUCAGUCUGCAUGAUCACCUCUUGGAAGCCUAUUUCAAUGUGCAACAGCAGAUACCAAAUAAAGACUUUAGCGGCAUGGCUGUAGUGGACUGGGAGAGCUGGAGACCAGUUUGGGAGCGCAACUGGAACAGUAAGGAGAUAUACCAGCAAGGCUCUAGAACACUGGUAAAAACUAAACACCCUGACUGGAAACCAGAGCAGAUUGAAAUCCAGGCUAAGAAAGACUUUGAAGAUGCAGCACAGGCCUUCAUGGAGCAAACAAUCAAGCUUGGAAGAGGCGAAAGGCCUGGAGGACUGUGGGGAUUCUAUGGCUUUCCCUGUUGCUACAACUAUCAGUAUAAAAAAAAAGAGAACUACACAGGGGAAUGUCCAACACUAGUCAUGAAAAUGAACAACAAGUUAUCUUGGUUGUGGAACGUCAGCACGGCUUUAUAUCCUGAUAUUUAUAUGGAUCUGAGCCUCAAGGGUCGUGAUCGAGACAUUCAACUGUAUGCCCGAAAUAGGAUCAUUGAAGGCAUGAGAGUGAGAGAGCAAGUCUCUCCUAUUAAACCAGCUGUCAUCCCCUAUGCCCGUAUCGUCUAUACCUAUUCAAUGACCUUCCUCUCGCAGGAGGAUCUGGUUCAUACUCUUGGAGAGAGUGUGGCAUUAGGGACAGCAGGAAUUGUGCUAUGGGGAGAUGCUAGCUAUGCCACAAACAAGAGCACAUGUCUACUUGUGAAAAAUUACCUGGAUGAAACCCUGGGCCGAUAUGUGGUGAAUGUGACUACAGCAGCGUUUCUCUGCAGCAAGGAACUGUGUUCGUAUAACGGCCGAUGCGCUCGGAGAGACCCACAUUCUUCAGAUUACCUUCAUCUUGACCCAGCAGUAUGGACCAUCAUCCCCAAAGCUGAGCUCCCUGACCUCAACAGUAACAGUCCUUCAUAUGUAGUAAAAAUGAGUAAUAAUAAUAUUAAUAAUAAUCAUAAUUUUACGAAACCAUUUAUGUGCCAGUGUUAUCCAGGCUGGGGGGGCAAACACUGUGAGAAACAGGUGGCUCUUUAUUAAAGUGAACUACUUUAGAGUUGAUGUCUAGAACACUGAUGUAACAUAACAUUUUUCUGAAUAAUUUUUUCAAACUUUAAACAAAAACAAUUGUGUAAAUUAUAAAAGGCCUAGAAGGAAAAAAAAAAAGUAUAAAGCAACCCAAAAUUUUGUGAACUAAAAAUUUUAUAGAUUUGAUAGCUGUAGCUAUUUUGUGUAAAUAUGUAUACAAUACAAAUUUCUAAACUGAAAAAUGUAUUUGAAAAAUAUUUUUGUGUUGAAUGUACUGUAUAACACAGCAGAGGUCAGUGUUAAUUUAGAUCCCCUCUUGUGGGGUUUUCUUGUAUUACAACUGCAAAACAUGUCAGAGUCAAUAAUCUUAGCUUACCACUAGAUAGCAGUAAAGUUACAUCAAAACAUU